AUGAGUAAUCUAAUAUUACUCAGUGAGUCUAGGACCUCUAUACAAGGGGAUUCCCUAAACUCCAAACGCCGCGGGCUUGUAAUCCCGCCUCCACCUGCAAUGAGGCGCCUAGGUGCAUUAGCCACAUUCUCUGCCCACGCCUGUGAAGGUUCACGCUCAUCCGGAAUCACACAGAAACUAGAUGAACGCCUUCACCCGGGCACUACAGUCCAUCGCGGUACCCGGUUCAUCCUUCCAUCUAUUGGCCUUACUGGCGCACCAUGCCAAUGUCUGGUUGGAUCCCAUAUCGUCAUAUGGUACCAUACUCGGCCAAGGCAGCUGACCAGGUUAUCCUCCGAGUCUUCCUCCCUUCAUGCACAGCCUCCACGCUGCCAAUCCGGUUGGGCUCUGACGUGCGAGAAUGCGCUUGACUACACCUUCCUAGACAACAUGUGGUUAGACACGCCACAUGUUCUCAGUACUUAG